AACAGUUUUCUUAGAGGUAGCCACACCUCAGCAAGAGCUUUCUAACUUGGAACAGCAAAGUUCAAAUGAACGAAUAGACACAAACUGUGAAAGAGUCCUGAACCCAUUACAAGGUGAAUCUUUACAGCACAAUUGCCCUCUGAAGCUACUUGAAACAGGGCAUGGGACUUAAAGGAGAAAAAAAAGGAAAUGGACCAUCUCUUCUAACACCUGGAAUGUGAUCCAAGCCUGGAGACAAAUUGAUGGUUUGCAGCUAGAAGACAGUAAAUCUAGCAAUGGAGCCCAUAUAUGAGGAAUACCUAGCAAAUCAUGGAACAAUAGUAAAACCAUAUUACUGGCUAAGCUUCUCUCUCGAUUGCUCUAAUUGUCCUUACCAUAUUCGAACAGGUGAAGAAGCAAGAGUUUCCCUCACAGAAUUUUGUCAGAUUUUUGGAUUCCCUUAUGGGACAACAUUUCCUCAAACAAAACACCUCACAUUUUAUGAACUAAAAACUUCUUCUGGUAGCCUGGUGCAAAAGGGCCAUGCUAGCAGUUGCACUGGGAAUUAUAUCCAUCCAGAAUCAAUGCUCUUUGAAAUGAAUGGUUAUCUUGACUCAGCCAUAUACAAUAAUGACAGCAUCAGGCAUAUCAUUCUGUAUUCCAACAACUCCCCUUGUAAUGAAGCUAACCACUGCUGCAUCAGCAAAAUGUAUAAUUUCCUGAUUACGUAUCCAGGCAUCACUCUUAGUAUUUAUUUUUCUCAGCUCUAUCAUACUGAGAUGGACUUUCCUGCCUCAGCAUGGAACCGCGAAGCUCUCCGGAGCCUGGCCAGCUUAUGGCCGCGGGUUGUUUUGAGUCCAAUAAGUGGUGGGAUCUGGCAUUCUGUUCUCCACAGCUUUAUUAGUGGUGUCUCAGGAUCACAUGUUUUUCAGCCCAUUUUAACUGGGAGAGCACUGGCUGACAGGCACAACGCAUAUGAAAUCAAUGCCAUAACAGGCGUAAAACCUUACUUCACUGAUGUUCUUCUCCAGACAAAAAGGAAUCCAAACACAAAAGCUCAGGAGGCUUUAGAGAGCUACCCCUUAAACAAUGCCUUUCCUGGACAGUCUUUUCAAAUGCCGAGUGGACAACUCCAACCCAACCUACCUCCAGACGUCAGGGCUCCUGUUGUUUUUGUGCUAGUGCCUCUCAGGGACUUACCACCAAUGCAUAUGGGCCAAAACCCAAAUAAACCCAGGAAUAUCGUAAGGCACUUAAAUAUGCCUCAAAUGUCAUUCCAGGAAACCGAGGACCUUGGAAGGCUUCCCACUGGAAGGUCAGUGGAGAUAGUGGAAAUCACAGAACGGUUUGCAAGUAGCAAGGAGGCAGAUGAAAAGAAGAAGAAGAAGAAGAAAGGGAAGAAAUAAAAUCUACAUUCCUACAGCAUGAAACCAAUUACCAAGGGACUUAUUAGAUAGGCAAUAAAAAUCUGGAAACUUUCUCUCUUAGGGCUGAGCCAAGAUGGAGAUAAACUGAUGCACUAAAAGCAAACCUUGAAUUAUUUACCAUAUCAACUAUUAUAAAGUUACACUAUUUUAAACAUAAUCCAAAAUGUUUCCAUAAGCAACUUGAUCUCUCUCCUUUAUUUUGAAAGUGGCAGUAUCAAAAUGGAACCAUUAGCAGCUUGCUAAUAUUUUGAUGCAGAAAAGGAAUCUCAUUAUUCUAUUUUACUCACAUCAUCUUUCCACUACAAAAGCCCAUGGACAAAAUAGCUACCUAAAUUUGUUUUGGUAAAAAAUUUACUGUAAAAUUGAAAAACAGCCUGAAGCUACUGACAUUAAGUGCUGUUUGCAAGAGCAAACCAGUGAUUUUCUAUUAAUUGUUAAUCAUGCACAGAAGAUUUUAGGCAGCUCAUUUUUUUCUAAAGUGAUUCAAAAUAGUUUUGUGUGGGAAAAAGCUCUUCUGCUGAUUACAUAUAGCUAUAAAGAUUAAAACCUAGCCACCUGCUCAGUUUGAUCUUCCCCAGCUCAGACCUCUCCCUUCUGAGCAGAUGAUAGAGGUAAGAUGAUACAUGAGAACCUCCAAUGGCUCCUGUCAUCACAUACCAUAUAAAAUCCAAGUUCCUCUUACUGGCUUUCAAGGAUCCUCCUUUAACUUCCUGUUGCCUUGUCUCAUCAGCAAGAUCAUAAGUACCUACAGGUCAAGCACUGUCUCUCCCUUCUCUUUAGCUUUUCCCUUAGGAUCUAGCACAUUACCCAGCAAAAUGUGAGUAGCAAGGUUGAAAUGACAUCUCAAUAACUUCACCAAUGAUUGUAAGUCAGCAUCCCUUCUCCAUCCCAGCUGAAAGCCUGCUUCACCAUCCUGCAAGAGAUGUUUUUUCUUUUUGUUAGCAUCCAUUCCCCUUUCUAAUGCAGCUCCCAAUGCAUAAUGUGUGUUUUACUUCCCUCUUUCUGACUCCAUCCUCGUCACCAGUGAAUAUUUGUAUCUUCUCUUAAAAUCUUCAAAACACACUUCUAGGAAGUGCUCCUUGAUUAAUCCUCUAAGCACUUAAAUGAAAGCACUUUGCUUAUGCUUAUUUCACAUUUGCUGCCACUUGCCUCUUUGAAAUAUGUAAAGAUACAUUACAAGAAAAAUGUACAUUUUCUCGUAACUUGCUAUUAAUUUUUUUCUUUAUAUAUAUAUAAAGUAAUCCUAAGCUAAUAAAAGAGUUUGCCAUGACAUUAAAACAUUUAAUACUCCAUAAGGGAGGAGGAGAAAGAAAAACAUAUUUUAGGAAUAGCAAUUAGUAUUGUGGUUAAAAUAAACAUGAAUAAAAAUUUUAAAACAAAGUUUUAUUGUUAGCAUACAAAUUUUAA